AUGCCUACGAAGCGCCAGGCCACGAUUAGUGAUUUCUUUGGUGUACGUAAAAAACAAACAAAACACAAAAAAGAAGAAAACGAAGAUAAUUCUGCUGCUCUACUGAUUGACAGCAGCGACGGAGAAAAUCAAAACCCCACAACGCCGCCACCAACCAAUGCAGAGCAGGACAGAGCUAAGCAGCAGCUCCAGCAGCACCAGGUGCAGCAGGAGCAGCAGAAGGUGCAGCAGGAGCAGCAGACGGUGCAGCAGAAGGAGGAGGAGCAGCAGGAGCAGCAGCAGCAGGAGCCCCAACAAGCCGUCCCUACAGACGCAAUGGCUCCUGCGUGCAAAGCAGCAGCAGCACUAGCGGCAACGGCAGCAACAGCAGUAAAAGCAGCAGCAGCAGAAGCAGGAGCUGCAAUAACAGCAACAGCAGCAAAAGCUGCAUCAACCCAGUCACUACCAUCUGCAGCAGCUGCUGCAGCAGCGAGUGAGCCAAGUGGGGGAAGCGUAACCGCAGCAACAGGAGCAGCAACCGCGGCAGCAGCAACAGGAGCAGCACCAGAGCCAGCAGCAGCAGCAGCAGCAGGAAUGCAUGUUGAUGCAGCAGCAGCAGCAUCAUCAUCAUCAACAUGCAUUCCUGCUGCCCCUUCUACUGCAAGUGCGGUGUCUCCAACGGGGGUUUUUGUCUCGGCUGAGGCUGCAGAGAAGAUGUGGAGACAGACUCUUGGAGACAGCUGGUAA